GGAGGAGCAAGUGUUUCGGAAGUGGACACGGCAGCCAACGAACCGAGGGAAACGGGCGGAGGAGAGACAGCAACCGGGAGGGAUUGAGAAAAUGACAAACCACCGCGACUUUUAGCAACGGGACAGUUUAUCACAUUUAACUCCAAUAUCGCAGGACUUUACAGACACUUGGAGGCGACUUUAUGUGCGGGUGAAGGCAGAUGGCUAAAAGGUGACUGCCUGUCUGCUCAGAUUGUAGUUCCAGGAGAGAGGCCGUGAAGCUCCCGUCCUUCAGAAGAGUUUGUCUGACGGGGCAGGCGGGCGGGCGGGCAGGUGAAGGGUAGUUGCAGGGGCCAUGCAUCAGGGGUGAGGGAGAUUCGCUGCGGGGGACACACACAGCGUCCGGUGAGGAGGGGGUCGGGCCGGUCGGUGUGGAGAUGAAGCUCAAACAGCGCAUGGUGGUGCUGUGUGCCGUGCUCCUCCUGCUGGGCCUGGCCAAGAUCUUCCUGCUGGAUGGAGGCGAGGGCUCCGCAGCCAGCCGACGGGACCUCAGAUCGUUUCGCAAGAUGGAAGCUGGCCUUACUCUGUCCCGAGGAGCUCGCCUUACCAACACCCUCCAGUCUCCAUGGGAGAUAGCGAGCCAGUGGGUGGGCCCAAGAGAGGUGUACCCUGAGGAGACCCCAGAGCUGGCUGCUGUGCUCACCUCCCUCAGCACUGCCAGGAUAGAACGGGCAGAUGUGGGCUAUAAGGGUACGCAGCUCAAAGCCCUGCUGGUGCUGGACGGGGGACAGAAAGUGGUGUUCAAACCCAAGAGAUAUAACAGAGACUACGUGGUUGAAGGCGAGCCAUACGCAGGAUAUGAUAGACACAACGCAGAGGUAGCUGCUUUUCACCUGGACAGGAUCCUGGGUUUCAGGAGAGCACCUCUAGUUGUAGGGAGAUACGUCAACCUGCGGACGGAGAUUAAACCUGUGGCCACAGACCAGCUGCUGAGCACCUUCCUCAUGCAGGGUAAUAAUACAUGUUUCUAUGGAAAGUGUUAUUACUGUCGGGAGAGCGAGCCAGCGUGUGCAGAGGGAGAGAUCAUGGAGGGAUCGUUAACCCUUUGGCUGCCAGAUGUCUGGCCUUUGCAGAAACACAGACACCCCUGGGGACGCACAUACAGAGAGGGGAAACUGGCCAGGUGGGAGUACGAUGAGAGUUACUGUGAGGCGGUGAAGAAAAUGCCUCCGUAUGAUGCAGGGCCGAGGCUGCUGGACGUCAUCGACACAGCCAUAUUUGAUUAUCUCAUUGGGAACGCGGAUCGCCAUCACUAUGAGAGUUUCCAGGAUGACGGCGGCGCCAGCAUGCUCAUCCUGCUCGACAACGCAAAGAGCUUUGGAAACGCAGCUCUGGAUGAGCGAAGUAUCCUCGCACCACUCUAUCAGUGCUGCAUGGUUCGUGUGUCCACAUGGAAUAGGUUAAACUUGCUGAGAAGUGGAGCUCUGAGUUCAGCUAUGCGGCAGGCGCUGGCAUUUGACCCCAUCCACCCGGUCCUGGCUGAGCCACACCUCGCAGCUCUGGACAGGCGUCUGUCUGGAGUCAUAGCAACUGUCAAGCAGUGUAUGGAGGCACAAGGUCCCGACAACACUCUAAUAGAGGACCGAAUGAACCUCCCACAUCCCUAGACACAGGGUACAGGAGUAGACAGAGGAACAGGAACAGCCAGGACUUUACUUCCCGAGCCUGGAGAAGAGGAAGUAGAUGAGCCCUGGUGUUAAAGAAAGAGAUGCAGACUGAGUAAAUGGAUGGACAGGGUGGAACAAAGACUGCAUAUUUCUUUCCUCCUUGUCCUUUCCUUGUUUGACACUUAGACUGGAAAAAGGGAAUCGCUGGAUUCAAAGCGGUGCCACCUUCAACUCUAUAAUCUUUUUCUCAGGAUUGUUGUACACUAUUGGACUGUAAGAACCCCUCCAUGUACUACUACUGGUUAUGACAAUACUCCUGCCUUGUGCCAAGUUCUCCCUCGCUGUCCAGAUAAGGAGGAAAGAGCUGUAGAUACUCAACAGGGCCGGAGAGGAGCCACCAACAUCUCGUUGAAAUAUGUCCUGUUUCAGACAGUUUGGAGCUUAAAGUCCACGAAACUGAGAAGUAGAUUCCUGUUGAAUUAACAGGAAAUUAAAUCCAUUUUAAGACUGAACGUUUUUUUUUCCCCUUGAAUCAAAACUGAACUUUGAUUGUAAGGAAAAGAGAAAUAACUCAGCCCUACCCCAUCAUUGUGUACAUAUUUAAGUAAGUAGUGACAUAGAAUUAUGAAAUGAAAGAAUAUAAAUUUGUGAAUUAUAAUAUUAAAUAAACUUAAGUGUGCGUGCGUGCGUUCGUGCGCGUGUGUAUGGAAGAGUGCCAUAUUGUGCCGUAAAUAAGAAAGCUACUGACAUGACAGACUUGAAGUGAGGGGACACAGAGGUUGGGUGUGUGGGUUUAUGUUCAGCAUUAAACUAUGAUCUAUUUAA